CCCUCCCUUCCCUCUCUCUUCCCUUAUAUAGCUCUAGUGCCAUCCUUCAAUACCUCUGAUGGGGAUCAGACGCUGUCGUGCAACUGCCCAGCUUGAAGGACCCUGAUGUUGUCGCAGAGUGUUCUACUCACACUGCGCGAAAAGCAAGUCCUAUGAACACUCCUUGAAAGGGUUUAGCUAUGGCAGCAGCCGCUAGCCACUUGGCUCAACGAAAUCUCCCAGUUCAAUGGUGAGAGAGGAUGAAUGUGAGCUCCAUGGAGUCGUUGAGACCGGUGCCUUCGAGGCGGAUGAUCCACGGAGAAGUCGCAAGGGAGAAUUCAAACGCUUGGACGGUCUCAACACGCGUUUGGAGGAUCGCGAUCCAGCGUCUACUUUCGUGAAUCCAGCUAUGCGAGUGCACGUCGGAUUGCCAGGAGGCUACAAAGGAACGCUGACCAGCGACGAUGUGCUCAUUGUUCCUGAACUGCUUUGUGGUCAGGAGGACCUCUCCUUGUACCACAACAUGGUUGAGGAGAUCAGGCAUGCCCAAGCGGAAGGCAUGAAAGAUGCGCGCUGGGCCUCUUGGAAGGACGGCUGCCAUCUCAUCAACAAGGCCCCCGACUGCUCGGCCACCUAUCGCGACGCGGUCGCGAAGAUCAUUGCAUACUUCAGAAUCUCGGCGCCGUCCAUGUAUUCGCGCUUCAACUGGUAUGCAAGUGGUGCUGAUUGGAAGCCACUCCACCAUGACACUGCAGCCUUCAGCCAACGCCGCUUGGGGAAGCAGAACAUCACUGUUGGGGUUUCUCUUGGAGGCGAACGAGAGUUGGCCUUCCGCCAUGUCUCCCAUGGCACCUUGACCUACUUCCCUCAGCCCAAUGGCAUGGCCUUCUCUUUCGGCCAAAGGUGCGUCAGUUCAUGAAAGGUUUCUCAAACCACAGGUCUUGGUGGUCUACUCAACAAAGGGCCAUGGGUUUGCUGUUUGUGCAAUAUGCUUUGUUGGCACCUUUGCACUGGUUCACAGAAACUAGGAUUGAUGGGUCUCGCGAGAGAGAGAGAGAGAGAGAAUCAGUAGCAGCACAAUAUGUUCAUUCUUUUUGUUUAGGAGGGUUGACUGACUGUCAAAGUCAGGGCUUGUUUGUUGAGGAUCAACAUCAACUGGAAGCACGGCAUCAACGCGUUGCCAGUCGAAAAACACAAUCAACUUGGCCGCAUCUCAAUUAUCAUUUGGGGUUGGUCAGAGCUAGUUGAAGAUGAUCCUGAAGCCGGAGAAGUGGCCAAGGCCGAGGCCUUCCAAAAGCCUUGCAAGCAGUUCCAGAAGGGCAAAUGUACGUACGGCGAACGCUGCAAAUUCACACAUUUUGAAGCUGAGUCGGCAGAGGCUCCACUGGCGAAUGGACAGCAAACAGCAACGGAUCCGUGUUGAGAGAAGAGCACCUCACAAGGGUAUGCGGAGGAAUCAAUCAGAUCAAAGCCUGCGAUCUAUUGCGAGACACUCUGAAUUCCGAUCGAUCGAUAAUUUGAGCCACGGGCCACGGACCUCCUGCAUUUGAUUCAAUUUCGACCAACGAGAACAAGACGAUACAAGGCGUUACACGAUCAAAUACAC